GUCAUAAACACUUAAAAUUUUGAAACUGUGAUUAUAAUUCAAAUGGAAUAUGUCAUUCCCGACUCUUCAGUGACGCGACAUUUUGAACGAUUACUGAACGUGCAUUUAAUUAACAAUGGUGGAUCGGGCGAUCCUCGGUUACCGAAACAUAUGAGAAUCGACUCUCGAUUUUACGUGAUCGAGAUACGAGUGCAUGGAUCACUCGACCAUCAUCGAAAAUCCAUUUUUAACCAUUUAUUGACACGCGACAAAGAAAUAUUAACGGCCAACUUAACGAUAAAUAAAUAAAUAAAUCGAAAACGAUGUCCUGUUGUUUUUCGAGGCGUAGUUCACACGUGUGAGGAAAAAUUUGUCGUUCGUAUCAUGGCGAGAUAAUUUCGUUUCUGGCAAAAAGAUUCUUUUUUUAUGAAUUCUUUUUCCUUUUCCUUUAUGAUGUAAUUCCUUUUCUUGUAAUGUAAAAUUAUGUAAAAAGAACAAGAUUCGAAAAGACUAUUACCAAAUUUCGAAGAGGUUGGACAUGAACGAAAUCAGAGUGUUCACUAAACAAUCUUUUGUGCCUAUUUUAAGGAAUUCCUCGCUGGUAUCGUAAUUUUUCACAAGGAUAAAUCGAACGACAAAAGGCUAUGGGUACCGUUUCGAUCGAUCUUCGAUCAGUGGACACAAAUGACAGACGAGUCCAGUUGGGUGGAAGUUCUCCUGCCGCGGGAUCCUCAAACGAGGAUCCAGAACCGGAUGAACCGAGCUCCCUCUACAACGAAGACUGUCUUCGGGGUGCGCUGCAACCGUCCCCGCCCGAAGAUCAAAAGGGAAAUGGUGGAAGAUUUCCGGCGGAGGAUCCUCAAUCUUACGGUCAAAUAUUGAAAUUCUCUUAUCCAAAGGGGAAACGAAAUAAUAAUAAUAAUAAUAAUGGGAAGAAGCCUUUCAAACGUAGAGUGACAUUCGCUUUGUGAAAAAUUUACGUUGAAUAUCUUUGUUGAAUAAAAAUGAGAUAAUAAAUUUCAUUUUAAUUCG